GCGAAAAAUGCGACGAAAACAAAACGACAAGGUGGAAUGCAAAGAACUGCCGUAAAUGCGAAAAUAAAUCGAACGCUCUGCGGUAAAUAUUAUCUUGUAAAAUCAGGAAAUUACGGAACGUUUACUGAGAUCGCCGAGAAGUGGAAUAAUGGUUCUGUUACUGGUGCACCUGCGGCGCCUCAUUUUGCUGCUGACCGUCGUUUACCUGAGCGGAGCGGUAUUCCGCCGCCUCCUCACCGAGCGGCAUCACGCCCACAUUCUGCAGGGCAAUGGUUACAUGGGAUUCGGACGUCUUCGUGGUGGCGCUGGAUCCAAGGAGCCGUAUCACUUCCAGUGGUGGGCCUACAUCUACACCUGUUACGCAUACGCCGUGUUGGUCAACUACGUCAACAUGCGCCGGCUGACCAACCUCAUCGAGUUCUUCUUGAACUAAUGUUUCGACGAUUCGUUUAGAAGUUAGACUAAUUUGCGCACUAAUUUGGCGAUUAUAUAGAUACAAGUUAUUUAAAAGUUAAACAGAAAUCGAUCUUCCUACACCCAUUUAUUUUCCCCCAUAAGGUUGUUUUGAAACAAACAAUUAAACAACCCAAUUUUGUUUUAUAUAAAAUAACCCCAAUUUAUUAUUUACUUAUUAAUAUUGGAUUUUCUUAAAUAUAAGUUAAUACAAAAUGUCUACAUUUACCAUACAAAUUACAAGUGCGACCUCUAUACGAUGAACACUGGAUCAGCUCCGCUUGAAGCGCCAUCUAUGUGUAAGCUUGUAGCAGGUUUGUGCAUUGGCUAAGAUAUUUCUGAAUUACUUUUUCUUUUUCAAAGUAA